AUGCAGUGCAUAGAGGAUAUCAGCGAAGAGGUCUGGCAAGACUGCAUCACUCUCUUCCUACAGACUGGGAUGUGCUGUGAUGCAGCGAUUAUCACCAAUUCCCCACCCUGGUUGUUAGCUUCUUACCCUGAAGGCAACUUGUUCCAGUUGACCCAGGAAGAAAUUCAGAUCUUGCUGGCAAGAGAGGGGAGAGAGAAAUUUCUUCAAAGGAUCACUCUUGCAGGGACCAAAUGCUUAUUGAUUUGGGACAACCUUUACACUGAGGGAAACAACACCAUGGACCUCCGCACCAAAGGCCAGAGUCGGGGCAGCCAGGAAGUCACUGUAGUUCAGAUUGAGUCUGUAUACCUUGUGAUGAUGGGACAAAAAGGAACAGCAGGAGGGCCUCUCAACCUUAAGGCUUUUGAGAUGGCAGGUUACAUCAGAGAAGCCAUUCAUCAACACAUGGCCCAUUUCUAA